UUACAUAUCAAAUCAACAACACCAACGCGACAAGGCUGAGAAUUUUAAGAAGGCAUUUGCGCCACAACGUGAAACCAACUAUUCCUACAACCAAGUUCUAUCCCAGUAUAUACGACACCUAUCUGAAAGAACUUCAUGAAUGUACCGUCCAAGCUUGUAAGCUAGGCAUAAUUCUGCUCGGCACCUCGCCAGGGUCUCUAGGCAAUCUGUGAGCCAUGCCGACCGCAAAGCGCCUCAAGAAAAGUGACGCAAAGUCCAAGUCACGCGACACUGAACCACGACCUACCAUUGCCGACUUAGAGGGCGAGAGCGAAUUUGCCCAACUUGCGAGACAGCAUUGGUUGAAGACUACCAAGCGAACUACGAGAAUUAAAGUCAAGAACGACGUAUUGAAGCGCGACAUAUGGGAUGUCCUCGAAAAGAAUGGCUUCCCCUACAAGUCAUUACUUGUCCUUGAAGGACUACAAACACUUGAGAGCUACCUAUGGCCUGGAUAUUCCGAAGACUCGUCGAAUUUCCACGUCCUCUUAAUAGCCCUGAUCACCAAUGUCAAGGCAAGAGAGAGGCUUGAGACAUGGAGUCUAUUUGAAGAUCGACCUGCCGAGUUUGAAAGCUUCUUCACUCGUGUUUUAUCCAUGUGUCUCGACCACACACUAUCCAUGACUGUACGGACGAACCUUCUAUGCUUUAUCAUCUAUGCUUUCCAGAGCCUGGAUUGGUCGAGCGUACGUAACAAGUGCGCUUCGUUAGUUUCCAUCGGUAUCUGGCACAACCUCACCGAGUCGAAGCGUGAAAGCAAAUUGGCACAAAACCCAUCGCCCAAGAAAGCCUGGAGAGCGGCGGCCAAGCGAUAUGACUCGGCAGAUGAUUCGACCAAAGCUCGAUUGAAGUUUGAGAGAGCUUGGCUAUACACUAUGACGUUGGACUUUCUCAAGUUACUAUAUAGCGAGAAACGGAAGGAAGAGCAUGUGCUCUAUUGCGAACGAUUCGUCGAGUUCAUCUCGGACUUGUUGAGUCAAAGCCCAACAAGACGAUACACGAACACUUUGUUCCAGGACCUACACAUCUUACCCGCUCUACGACUCUCCCCCAUGUUUAACGACGAAGACAAUGGUUUGCUUCGUGACCAAUAUGCUCUAUUGAGUCACUACUUCUAUUUUACUAUUGACGAUUACACGGGAGUCCAACAUAGUCGUACAGAGGCAUAUGAUCUGCACUGUGCCGAGCUCGCGAAACUCCAACGCGUGGCCUUACGCCACUUCAAGGAUAAGCUUACAGUAUUAGCUUUGUCCAAUUAUGGAUCUAUAGGUAAAAGGGAUGAGCUUGAGAAUCUCCUAGAAGCUCUAACAGAUGAGGAGAUCAAGAGGCUUGCGACCUUGCUUGAGUUUAGAACGGAAUACCCAGAGUCAGUUGGUAUUCCCAUCGAUCGGCCAUUUUUAAUUGAGGUGCUCUUGUCUACCUACGAGAAGCGCCAGACAUUCCAAGAAGUUGUCCGAGAUACAAGUAUUCUUCCGACUGAAGCCAGUCUUUUUGACCAAGGUCUGCUGAGGACGGAUAAUUAUGAUGGGUCAACACCCCUUGCGCUUCCUAAGCUGAAACUCCAGCACCUGUCGGUUGGAGAUUUCCUUUGGAGGGCUCUCGUUCUUUAUCGAUGCGAGUCCUUCUAUGGUAUCAGAAAAGAUAUCAGUGAUGCGCUGAGACGACUAAGACCGGAGACAAACCGUUCCGGAGAGACGACGUUUACCGGCUUUUCAAGGAUGGCACUACCGAUAUCUCGCCCGUCCAUCUUGGAGGUGGUGCCUGCUCUUGUUGGUGAUGACAAGCCGUCUGCAGUCAAUGCCGAGAUUUCGCUCGACGUGCGUCGACUUGCCGACAAUAUUCGCAGAGAAUGGGAUUCAUUGCGUCCAGACGAUGUCGUUUUCCUUGUUGCAGUGGAUGCUUCCCUCUCGAAAAGUAUCUCGAAUGGAAACGCCAAAAACAUUUCCGAAGCAGAGAAGCUGGGACUAAUCUCUGUGAGAAGUGCAGAGAUUUCCCAGAUCAUGGAUGAUAAGGGUAAAUCUAUCAGAGAUCCUACUGCUUACUUUGGCGGCCAGAAUCGGUCUCCGACAAGAAAGGUACAGCUCAGAUUGGACCCGAAGACAUAUAAGGAAGAUAUGGAUCGUGUUUCGAAUAGCAAGCCAGACGUAUAUGAACGGAUUAAUUUGAUCGUUCGGCGAAGCGGCAGAGAGAACAACUUCAAGCCGGUUCUAGAGUCUAUUCGUAGCCUGUGUCUUUCCGAAGUCCCCCUCGCCUCGUGGCUAUAUGAGACCUUCCUCGGUUAUGGAGACCCUGCCGGCGCCACGUAUAAACAUCUAGCAAAUCGGAUCGCGAAGCUCGAUUUCAGGGACACUUUCUUAGAUUGGCAACAUCUCGUUACAGGUCUGCCUGAUAAAACUAUUGAGCCAGGAGAUGAUGUGACGGAGAGCUUCGGUCCUCCUUACAUGCUAGAGUCAGUGGAUAGGCCACCAGAACAGAAAACCGUCAAGCCUUCCAAAAAGCGAAGAAGGGGUGUAGAGCCUGCGUUAAUUGCUGAAGCCGAGACGUAUAAAGUGUCGACAUACAAGCCGCCCAACACUGGGCCGUAUCCUGUUGAUGCUCCGAAGCUAAACAGCGUUCGUUUCACACCUGCUCAAAUUGACGCCAUAAUAUCAGGAACCCAGCCUGGACUUACUGUUAUUGUUGGUCCGCCUGGCACUGGUAAGACGGAUGUUGCGACUCAAAUCAUCAACAACAUCUACCACAACUUUCCCGAGCAACGCACAUUGCUUAUCGCUCACUCCAACCAGGCCUUGAACCAGCUCUUUGCGAAGAUUGUCGCUCUGGACAUUGACGAACGUCACCUUCUCCGCCUCGGUCAUGGCGAGGAAGAUCUCGAUACUGAUGGUAGUUUCAGUAAACAUGGGCGGGUUGAGUCUUUCUUCGAGAUCAGAGAUCGUUAUCUAAAAGAAGUCAACCGCUUAGCAGCUAGUAUGGGUGCUCCCGGUGCUCACGGGAACUCCGCUGAGACGGCAGGGUAUUUCAACUCUGUCUAUAUUCAACCAGCCUGGGCCAAAUUUCAAGAGAUAGCAAAGGCCGAUAGUUCAUCGCCGACUCUUAUCUCUGAAGCUUUCCCAUUCCACAACUAUUUCUCUGAUGCCCCCCAGCCUCUAUUCCCUCCAGAGAGCAAUCGAGACACCGUCAUCGAUAUAGCAAAUGGCUGCUAUCAUCACGUGUCGAAAAUAUUCUCUGAGCUAGAAGAUGUCCUGCCAUUCGAAAUCCUACGACGAGACCGAGAUAAGGCCAAUUACCUUCUCAUUAACGAAGCUCGCAUCGUCGCUAUGACGGCGACACAUGCUGCAAUGCACCGUACCGAGAUUGCUGCACUCGGCUUCCAUUAUGACAAUGUCGUUAUGGAAGAGGCAGCUCAGAUCACUGAAGUUGAGAGUUUCAUCCCUUUGGCUAUGCAAAAGCCUGAGGGUGGACAGAUGGCGCUUCAGAGGGUCGUUCUUUGCGGUGACCAUUACCAGAACUCACCUGUCAUACAGAGUCUCGCCUUUAGACAUUACGCCAACCUUGAGCAAUCGCUUUUCUACCGAUUUAUCCGCUUACGAGUACCAGUCAUCACCCUCGACCAGCAAGGCCGUGCUCGUCCAUCUAUCGCCGCAUUAUAUCAGUGGAGAUACCCCAACCUUGGUAACCUCCCACAUGUUGAGAGUAUGAAGGAAUUUCAGACUGCCAAUGCCGGGUUCAAAUAUGAUUACCAGUUCAUCAAUGUUCCCGACUAUAAGGGUCGUGGAGAAGUCGAGCCGACGCCACAUUUCAUCCAGAACCUAGGCGAGGCGGAAUACGCCGUUGCCAUAUUCCAGUAUAUGCGACUUCUAGGAUACCCAGCGUCAAAGAUCAGCAUCCUUGCUACUUAUGCCGGCCAGCGAGCCCUGAUUAAAGAUGUGCUAUCCCACCGGUGUGCGAAGAAUGCGAUAUUCGGUUUGCCUAAAGUAGUGACUACCGUCGACAAGUAUCAAGGCGAACAAAACGAUUAUAUCAUUCUCUCACUCACGCGCACAUCGAGGGUCGGUUAUCUCCGAGACAUUCGACGCCUGACUGUAGCACUUUCUCGUGCCCGGCUUGGCUUGUACAUCCUUGGGCGAAGAGAGGUAUUCGAGGCGUGUUACGAGCUGCGCCCCGCUUUCGAGCUAUUACUUCAGCGACCAGACAAACUUACUCUCGCAACUGGUGAGAUGUGGCCCUCAGAGCGCAUCCAAGCGGAAGAAGACGGAACUGCUGUACCGGGUGAAGCAACGAUGGAGGGCGUUGAGCAUCUGGGCCAGUUCGUCUAUGAAAUGACGUCAACUAAGAUUAAGCAAAUGCGUGCGGAGCGCGGCUUGCCGGAAGCAGCAGGACCCGUCGAACAGGAAUUGAAGCCCAUCGCAGAAGAUGACGAAGUUGGUUAUGUUGAAGCGAGCGAUGAGGAAGAUGACGAUGAUGUGGUGGUGCCGAGUGAUGGUGUCGAAGCCGCGGAGGCGUAGUCAUGAAGCAACUUCGGAAGGAUCACGAGUCGAUUAUAGGGCAUUAUGACAUGGGUGAAUUUGUUUGCAUGGAUGGGUGGUGUGCUAUUGACGACCUUGACAUGGAACAUGAGGAAGUAGGUCCUUGUACGUCGAUCUGGAGGACUCACAGAAAAGUUACAUUCACAACGUACAAUGGGUAAAGGCGAAUUCAAGUAAACUGGAUACCGUUGCUUCCUCGACGAUCUCUGCUAUACACAAAUGCAUUAUAUAUGUCCAAUAUUCGUGCAGUGACUAGAGACUAACUUACGAGGCAGCUUUUUCAUAUUUCCGACGAGAGCAUCUCAUCUCGUAGGUACGUACGUAUUUGCGAGGUAAGUACCUGAGUAUCUUAUAUUGAACGGGCACAAAUGUUCAAAUUAUACCUAGACACCUCCACUGCUGAGAUAUCGUACCAAUGAUAGCCCUGAGCCGCUUGGCCGGUUAGGGCUGCAAACGGGGCUUCACCGUGGCUCUGGUCCCGCCAAUCUCACUGGGGUAGAUCCUAAGCACCGGCAACCGUUGGGCUUCCUUUAGCAAGACAUUUUAAGACUAGCCACACCCGGUAUCGUGUAACUGGGCGUAUUAAUAGCCCAGAGGUCUUAUGACGAAAUUCCCUUUCUCCAAG